AUGCAUAGAGCUACAGAAAGGGCUAGAAGAUCCGAGGACCGCAGACACAUUCCCGCCGACGGCUUCAUUAGCAGCGAUGCAGGGAGCUAUUCUGGUUCCAGCAGUGAAAUCGAAAGUAUCCGAACCGCUAGCAGUCUUGCCUAUGGGGAGGACGACGAAGACGAAAUACUCCGUCGAGCCUUUGAAGAAAGUCUGAGGCUGGAGAAAGACCGUCAGCGGCAGCGCAGGGAAGCUGAACGGGAGGCCAUGCUCCGCGAAGAGGAGGUCCGCCGACAGUCUCUCCGGGAGGCUCGGGCAGAAGCCAGGAGAGCGCAGCGGGCGGCCCGGGCGGAAGAAGAAGCAAUCCGGACAGCCAUGCAAGCAAGUGAGCGGGAGCAGGAGGAGGCCAGAGCAAGAAGGAUAAGGGAGAAUUUAUGUCUUUUCCAACAGACAGUGGAACAAUCGCGGAGGGAAAAUGUGGCUGGCAAUGUGCGCGGUUCUCGGAGGAACCUGCAGCGGUUGUCUAGGGACUUGCCUUCGACAACCCCCAGGCCUCGACGGGAACAGGGCGCCGAAGCUGGAGGCAAUGCUGGUCAGGCAACAACUCGGGAGCUAACUCGACUUUCGAGGGAGCAUAGGGAAGCUCAGGCUGUGAGGCCUCGUGCUCACCGGGUGAGAGACGCCAUGAGGGACGCAGUUACGAGAUCUCGAGCCUUCAGCUUCGGCCGCAGCAGCCCUGAAUGGCAGGACUCAGAGCGAGCCGUUCCCCCUUACACAGCCUCAUCUCGUCCCAGUGCCAAUACAACCCGGGCCUCAAAUCCAACACGACCGUCAAAUCCAACCAGUCCUUCUACCCCGGUUGGGCCUGCACAAUCGCCUAGAUCAAGAAGCCCAGUUGCUCCGGCUGGCAGCGGUGAUAGGCGAAGAAUCGCCAACCCUGGACACUAUUCAAUGCUCCUUGUUACCCCCGUAGAUCCAACCAACUAUCGCGUACGUGAUGUUUUACGCAGGUCCCGUAGAGAGUUCCAGGCUCGAGCUGCUGCCGCUGAAGCCGGCGAGGAUUUCGACAGUGACUUGCAGCGAGCUAUCAACGAGUCUGCGGAACAACACCGAGACGAAGAAGAAGAAGCCGUUCAGCGCAGCAGAGGAAUUCCAACGUACGAGGAAGCUUGUGCGUCGGUCCGGUACCGUCCUUCACCCGGCAUGAGAUAUUCCUUCCAAGGCCCGGAGGUCAUCGAGAUACCAAGGGAGAACGGCCCGCCGACGAAGCUGAGUAUCGUAGGGGAUAUGGACCUAGGGGAGGCAAUGAGGAUUGCGAACCAACAGGUCAAGAGGAAGAGAGGCCAGGCACAGUUAAACUGA